AAAAAAAAAACCCACAAGUAUUGUAAAAUAAAAUUACAGGAAACCUUAAAGUCAAUAUUCAGCCAUGAAUCCGAGUAGCUGGUGACUCUGGUCCAAUCCCCAAAGACUCUUUUCGUGGCUUACUCCGACACUCUUGAACCGUGGUUCAUUGUUUUCUGCAGUUGUUUUGCUCGAUGCCUGUUUCUUAACAUUAAUUCAUAAUUUGGGUUAGGGUUUUUGGGCAACGAGAAAUGGCAAGAGUCGUGAGAAGUUGCAUUAUGUCGUUAUUAAAGAUGGUGAAUUCAUUGAUGGGAAUGGUGGGAAUUGCUAUGAUUUUGUAUGCAUUGUGGUUGAUUAGGGUUUGGCAGAAACACAUGGGUGAGUUCCCCUUUGGUGAUGAUUCUGAUGGUCCGGCUCCAUGGUUUAUUUACACUUUCCUUGGCCUUGGGGUCACUUUGUGUGUUAUCGCAUGCUCAGGUCAUAUUGCUGCAGAAACUGUAAACGGUUGCUGCCUCUAUUUAUAUAUGUUGUUUGUCAUUUUGCUUCUUUUGCUGGAGGCUGUGGUGACUGCUGAUGUAUUUCUGAACCGUGAUUGGGAGGAGGACUUUCCAGCGGAUCCAAGUGGGAGUUUUACUCAAUUUAAAGAUUUCAUCAGGUCAAAUUUUCAGUUCUGCAAAUGGAUAGGCUUGUCAAUUGUCUCUGUACAGGGGCUAUCUUUUCUCCUAGCCAUGGUACUCAAAGUGCUCAGACCAGAUCGAUAUUAUGAUAGUGAUGAUGAAUAUGCUCCUGAUAGGGUUCCACUCCUGAGGAAUUUUGUUCACCCACCGACCUAUGUGGUUGGAGACCCUGUUUAUGGAUCCAAAACUGAUGCUUGGACUAUCAGGAUUAAUGAGAAGGUCCUGAACUCCUCAUUGCAAAUUCCAAGUCAGUUUCCUGCAAUGCUUCAUUCUGUGCUUUGUGGCUGCAUGCGCAUAUUGACAUUUUUAUCUGAUAUUUCAUUUUCACAAGCUUAG